CUGAACCAAAACUGUUUGCAUGUCAGCUACACAGGAAGAAAUCAACAUACAAUGUGUUUGUAUUUAUUGAUUCACGAAUACGGUUAAAAAGUUGUUGUGUAGGUUGCUUCGAACCACCGUGUUUACAUACCCAUGUACAGAGUCACUGCUGUGUAUGGACACCUGAUGUUUUUUCAGCGCACACACAAAAUAGACAACUGGUGAACUGUGAGGAAAUAUUAGCGGAAUUUGACAAAAAUGUGUAAUUUGGAAUUGUUGACUCUACCUUUUAAAUACAUUUUUAGUAUUGCAUGUAUAUCUUUACUCUCAAACACUGUGUGAUAGAAUAAUGAAACAAAACAUCCCAGCUACUGUACAGCAGGCGUCAUCCUUCAUGUUUUUCCUUUCCAUCAUGCAAGCAUGUUGUCACUCAAUACAAGACAAAGCAGUUCUGCUAUUUUGGUGGAUAGGAUCAAACAUUACAGUUCUUGUCAUGUGUCAUGGUCAGGCAGUUUCCCAUCCUCACCUUUCAUUGUUUGUUUUUUUCUCUCUCUCUAACAGUAAAGGCUUUGUGGUGCCAUGAUGAAGAAAGUCUUGGAAGCAAUCCUGCUGUUGUUGCUAGUCUUCACGCUGCAUGCUAGGGGAACACACUACAGCCCACCAGGGAAGCCUGCUCUGACCAGCUGUCGUUCUCCCGAAAAAGAGACCUUCACCUGCUGGUGGCAGCCAGGCUCUGAUGGAGGACUGCCCACGACAUACGCCCUGCACUAUCGAAAAGAAAGCUCUGACACAGUGUACGAGUGUCCCGACUACCACACAGCCGGAGAGAACUCCUGCUUCUUUAACAAGAACGACACAUCCAUCUGGGUCAACUACAACAUCACUGUGGUAGCCACCAACAAACUGGGCAGCACCUUCUCCGACCCUGUGGAUAUAGAUGUUGUCUACAUUGUCCAGCCUAAUCCUCCUGAGAAGGUGUCCGUGACUUUAAUGGAGGACAGAGGGAUGCCCUUCCUUCGGGUGUCAUGGGAACCGCCACGUAAGGCUGACACCCGUUCCGGUUGGAUCACUCUCAUUUACGAGAUCCGCAUCAAGUUGGAUGGAGAAAAUGAGUGGGAGAUGCAUCCUGCAGGCCAGCAGAAGUUAUUUAACAUUUUUGGACUGCGGUCAGGUGGUACUUACCUCGUUCAGGUGCGCUGUAAGCCUGAUCAUGGCUUUUGGAGUGAAUGGAGUACCACUUCCUACAUCCGCUUUCCUGACUAUUUCCAGCGGGAAAGGUCAGUGUGGAUCCUCAUAGCGGUCUUUUCUGCCUGCAUAUUCCUCAUCCUCACAUGGUUGUUGCAUAUUAACAGCACCAGUCUGAAGCACUGUCUGCUUCCACCAGUCCCUGGUCCUAAAAUCAAAGGAUUUGAUAAACAGCUUCUCAAGGACGGCAAGUCAGAGGAGGUUUUCAAUGCACUGGUGGUGUCUGGUUUCCCCCCAACCACAUCAUCCAACUAUGAGGAUUUGCUGGUGGAGUACUUAGAGGUGUACAUCCCUGAGGAGCAGGAGCUGAUGCUGGAGGAAACCAAGGAUCUUCAUGAUGGUUGCCUCAAAUCCGAGGGUUCCACAUCGGACAGUGACUCUGGCCGGGGCAGCUGCGACAGCCACACUCUGCUGAUGGAUAAGUGUGGAGAGGCGAAAGAGAAAAAGAGGCUAACAGAUCAGGAAAGCAGUCGACUGAGGACAGAGAAGCAGAGGCACCAGAAAGACUGGAAGGAGGAGGCGCUCGCCUAUGCUCAUGAAGACAUGCUUAGCCCUGACAUGUCCAGUGGGAGGGUGAAGACCUGGCCUUCAGUGUUUUCUCCACUGCCCCAGUACAGCUCAAGCCCACUGGACCAACAGCGCUCACUCGAGAUGGCCAAACAGCACUGCGUCUCCGACAGCCUGUUCCCACCAGGCACCACAUCCUCCUACCUCACCCAACCUGGCCACAGCUCCAAGGAGGCUCUUGGAACCAGCUACUGGGAGUUCAGCUUGAGCACCAAGCAACCUCAUCCUCUCCAUCCCCAGAUGCAGGUCCGCCAGCAGCUCCAGGCCCACAGCAAUAUCAACAUCUCUAGCAUUGGCCGCAAACAGGCACCUGCUGGCCUGCUGUCGCCUGCUCUCCGCUCCACUGAGUACGUUGAAGUUCAGAAGGUCAAUGAGGAUAGCACAGUGCUUCUCCAGCCUGUUGUGUCAGGCCAAGGCCAGCACGAAGGCAACCUGCAGGUUUCUCUGGGGGAGGACUACAGCAAGGUGAAGAGUGUGGAUGGUGACAACGUGCUGCUGCUCCAGAGAAAGGUGGAUGUAAUGGAAGAAGAGGUGGACAGGUGCCCUUGUGAGUACCAGGAGACAAAUGGAGUGACAGAGAGCUGCUACACAUCGUCCAUCAUCACCACUACCCAGAAGCCUACAGCCUGUAUUCACACUGCAAUGCCGGCCCAGGAAGAAAGGGUCCUUGCUGCAAGUGGUUAUGUUGACACUGCCACCAUGUUCACAAUGCCCACACAUUAG